AUGCGCUUGCCCGCUCCCGCAUCCGCAGCCGGUCUGUGGCCCAUAGAAUACAUAUCUGACGUCGAUAUCCCCUUCACCGACGGAGGCGAUCAUGGCAAUGACGACGAACUCCAGAACUGGUCCUCGCUGAUCGGCAUCAUCACCGCCAUCUGCGGCAACAUCCUAAUAGCUCUCGCGCUCAACGUCCAGCGAUAUGCCCACAUUCGGUUGAAUCAACAUCGCGCCGAGGUACGGCGGCGCGCAAAGCAGGCGCUCAGGGAGGCUAGGGCCAAGGCGAGUGGGACAAGCUCAAGUUCUGGAAGCGGUGGUAUAUACGGCACUACAGCCCCAUCUGAUGCGAGUCUCUCGAGGAAGGACGCUAUUCGCCAUCCGAACAGCGACCUGGCCAUUGCUGCCCACGAAACCGAACCUCUCACACGGUCCUCCGAUUCCACGGACUCAGGUUGGUCCGAGUCUUUGACUCCCACUGGAGGGGAGGUCAAGGUCGCAACCACAUAUCUGAAGGAUCCGUACUGGUGGCUAGGCCAGGGCUUGAUCACAGUGGGUGAGACGGGCAACUUCCUGGCAUAUGGCUUUGCUCCGGCUUCCGUUGUCAGCCCACUCGGCGUGGUCUUCCGUCGCCGAGACUUCUUCGGUGUCCUUAUUGCCGUGGCCGGUGCCGUGACAGUGGUCUUGAGUGCCGAGUCGCAAGAGACCAAGAUGGGGCCUCAUGAAGUAUGGGAUGCGAUCACGACCAUGGAAUUCGAGAUCUACAUGGGCAUCACUUGUGCCUUGAUUGUUCUCCUUAUGUGGGCGAGCCCCAGGUACGGCAACCGAACCAUCCUGAUAGAUUUGGGUCUGGUCGGUCUCUUCGGCGGAUAUACUGCGCUCUCCACCAAAGGCGUCUCAUCUAUGCUCUCCUCCACUCUCCUCGGCGCAUUCACCACACCUAUUACAUACGUUUUACUCUUUGUCUUGCUCACCACCGCAGUCAUGCAAGUCCACUAUGUAAACAAGGCACUCCGGCGUUUCGAUUCUACCCAGGUCAUCCCCGUCCAAUUCGUUUUGUUUACGCUAUCUGUAAUCAUUGGCAGUGCCGUCCUGUAUCGGGACUUUGAGAGGACAACCAGCAAGCAGGCGCUCAAGUUUAUCGGCGGCUGCAUGUUGACUUUCUUCGGUGUAUUCCUUAUUACCAGCGGCAGGCCGCACCAUGAAGAGGAAGAGGAUGAAGAGGAUGUUCUCUCCGACGCCGAGGGCAUCGAUGAAACCAUUGGCCUUGCAGAACAAGGCCCAACGCUAGGAGCAGCAGCGGCAGUCGUGGCCGCGACCUCCUCAUCGCCCCACACGCCCCGCCAGCCCUCUCGCAGACGUAGCGAUUCUGCGAGAUCCCGCCGGUCGUCGCGUGUCAGUUUUAAAGAAGCCGCGGUCAGGCCCCUAUCAGCAGUCGAGGAAGCGGAGGAUACCGGCUAUCCUUCGCACACUCGCACCGGACCCAAAUCCCAGAACACUCUUGUCGAAGAAGGAGAUUACAACGACAACGAAGACGCUCCUUUGCUCGACAAUCCCUGGCAAGACAGGAACAGAAGCGAAGAAUACAUCCCCGAAAUUGACGCUCAUUACCAACACCCAGGCAUCGGCCCACACACCAUCUCUUCAGACACCAUCCCCUCCAUCCCCGUCUCCUCCGACGAAUUCGCCACCACCGACCUUCUCUCAACUACCCCCCGGCCCAACAUCACCAUCACCCGCGGCUCCUCCCCCGCUGCCGGCUCCGGCUCAGCUCGGACACCCCCUCCGCCUCGCGGCCCGUUACCCCCCGCGCACCAGUCUCCUCCUCUCUACCACGAGCCUCCAACCCUUAUGCACACACCCACCAUUACGGCCAUCAUCACCAUAAUGCUGGCGGUAACCCCCCCAUGA